AUACAAACCAUUAUGGCCUUGUGAUACAAGUACCACUUCUGCAUAAAUUCCCUCGGUGGCAAUGAACUUCUUAUGGAGAAAAAAUUCCUUCCCACAUCAUCAAAUUCAAAUGAAACUGUCAGUUGUUAAGUGGAUAGUGGUGAUAUGGGCAGUUUUUGGCCUAAUUAAUAACAGCAACAAAGUGGAGUGCAGAAAACCAAGGCUUCAUUCUGAGGAGUCAUUGCCAAAUUUUGAGUAUUCUGCCAUCAGUUGCAGAAAACACAGUGCAUCCAUUGAAGAUUUUGGAGGAGUUGGAGAUGGAAAGACAUUAAACACAAAGGCCUUCCAAGAAGCAAUCAACAAUCUGUCACAGUAUGCAUAUGAUGGAGGGUCUCAGCUCUUUGUUCCUGCUGGAAAAUGGUUGACAGGAAGCUUCAAUCUCACCAGCCAUUUCACUCUUUAUCUUGAUAAAGAUGCUGUUCUUUUAGCUUCUCAGGAUAUUAACACCUGGCCAGUGAUUAGUCCUUUACCAUCUUAUGGUCGUGGAAGAGAUGCAGCAGGUGGAAGAUACAUCAGUCUCAUUUUUGGAACUAACCUCACUGAUGUUGUUGUAACAGGUGCUAAUGGCACAAUUGAUGGCCAAGGUGAAAUUUGGUGGGAUCAAUUCCACCAUAAAAAGCUCAAAUACACCAGACCUUAUCUGAUUGAGAUAAUGUACUCUGAUAACAUUCAGAUCUCAAACCUGACCUUUCUUAAUGCUCCAACUUGGAAUGUCCAUCCAAUUUACAGCAGUAACAUAAUCAUACAAGGAAUUACAAUCUUAGCCCCAAUAAAAUCUCCAAACACUGAUGGAAUCAACCCUGAUUCUUGCACAAACACGAGAAUUGAGGAUGUUUACAUUGUGUCUGGAGAUGAUUGCAUUGCAGUGAAGAGUGGAUGGGAUGAAUAUGGCAUUGCAUUUGGAAUGCCAACAAGACAACUUGUCAUCAGAAGACUAACCUGCAUUUCACCAUACAGUGCUGCAAUAGCUCUAGGAAGUGAAAUGUCUGGAGGAAUCCAGGAUGUCCGCGCCGAAGACAUUGUAGCCAUAAACACAGAAUCAGGAGUUCGAAUCAAAACCGCUGUUGGGAGAGGAGGAUUCGUGAAAGACAUACACGUAAAGGGAAUGAAUUUGCAGACGAUGAAAUGGGCAUUCUGGAUGACAGGAAACUAUGGUUCGCAUCCUGAUCCUGGCUGGGAUCCUAAAGCUAUACCCGAAAUAACAAGAAUCAACUACAGGGAUGUGGUGGCUGAUGAUGUGAAAAUGGCUGCCAGACUUGAAGGCAUUUCUGGGGAUCCAUUCACAGAGAUAUGCAUGUCUAAUGUGACCAUUUCCAUGGCUCAGAAAGCGAAGAAAGUACCGUGGACUUGUACCGACAUUCAGGGUAUUACCAGUGGAGUUGAACCUCAGCCUUGUUCAUUGUUGGCUGAUCAAGGUCCUGGAAUGGCUUGUGUGUUUCCCCAGGACACUCUGGAUAUUGAGAAAGUAGAAAUGCAAAAGUGCACUUACCCGAUUGGUAACUAG